AUGACACUACAGCUAGCAGACCAUUCCAUCACAAGAUCGUUCGGGGUAGUUGAAGAUGUCCUGGUCAAAGUCCACCAACUCACUUUUCUGGUGGACUUUGUAAUCAUGGACAUCGAAGAAAAUGCUGAGAUCCCCUUGAUUCUAGGUCGGCCAUUCAUGUUGACUGCAAAGUGUGUUAUGGAAAUGGGGAAUGACAACUUGGAGAUGAGUGUGGAGGACCAAAAAGCCACCUUCAACUUGUUUGAGGCAAUUGAGCAUCCCAAAGAAGAUGAAGCCAAACUAGUUGUGAAUCCAGUAGACUCUUCUAGUGUCUUUCUGGGGCCAAAACAGGUCAGGACCCGAGCCACUCCAAACAUUCCACCAGCUCUUCCACCAAUACCUCCAUCAUGGUCAAUACCUACUGAUGAAGAGCCUCCACCAUCUCUCCUUUUAGCAGCUCCUAGCCAGGUUGCUUGGUCAGGAGUUUAA